UUUUGUUUUUUUUUUUUCUUUAAUCUCUUUACAAGUGUAUAUUUUUGUAUUUUAACAUGCCUCUCCAUCCUACUGUACUCUGGGCCCAAAGAGCCGAUUUGAUUUACUUGACUGUUGAGAUCUCUGACAUCAAGGAACAUAAAAUCGAUUUGACCGAAGACAAGUUCACUUUCAAGGGUACUGGUGAAAAGGAGCAAAACGAAUAUGAAGCCGAGAUUGAAUUCUACGGUAAGGUUAACGUCAAAGAAUCCAAGAAGCACUUAACAGCUCGUAACUUGACGAUGGCUAUCUACAAGCAAGAAGAUGGUUACUGGCCCAAGCUCCAAAAGGGUGGUAAGCUUAACUUCUUGAAGGUCGAUUUCCAAAAGUGGAGAGACGAGGAUGAAGAAGAGGAGGAGGGUCAACAACCUGCUGACCCCAUGGGUGGAUUAGACUUCCAAAGUUUAAUGGCCCAAGCUGGCGCUGCUGGUGGUGGAUUACCUAAUAUGGAUGAUAUGCCUGAAGGUGACGAUAGUGAUGAUGAUGAGGAGGAGGAGGAGAAGAAGCAAUAAGCGUAGAUGCAAUAUAAAUAAAAUAAAAUUAUUUCGCCUUUUGAAUAUAUUAGUUACAAUAAUAAAAAAAUCAUAUCGUUUUCGG